UAGCUUCUCACCACUCCCAACGACGCCCUCGUCUUUCGCCGUCUCACACAGAUUAUCGCUUCGAUAACCCGCCAUCGCCACAAUGUCUACCGAACUUUGCCCCGUCUACGCGGUCAGUAACCACCACCCGUUCCUAUUCGUACCAACGACGUCACCGAGAAAUACCCGCGGCGACAUCGAGCCAAACCAUCGCCAUCCAAGACUUGGCUCUCCGAUAUGAUAGACAGACUCGCUAACACGCUACACAGCCCUUCUUUGGUGCCAUGGGCUGCACCUGCGCCAUUGUCUUCACCUGCCUGGGUGCCUCCUACGGCACUGCCAAAUCUGGUGUUGGUAUUGCCGCCAUGGGUGUCCUCCGCCCUGACCUUAUCGUCAAAAACAUUGUUCCCGUCAUUAUGGCUGGUAUUAUUGGUAUCUACGGUCUCGUCGUCUCCGUCCUCAUCUCCGACGGUCUCAAGCAGGAUCUCCCUCUGUACACCGGUUUCAUUCAGUUCGGUGCUGGUCUCUCUGUCGGCCUUGCUGGUCUCGCUGCUGGUUUUGCCAUUGGUAUCGUCGGUGACGCCGGUGUCCGCGGAACUGCUCAACAGCCUCGUCUCUUUGUCGGAAUGAUCCUGAUCCUCAUUUUUGCCGAAGUCCUGGGUCUCUACGGUCUCAUUGUCGCCCUUCUGAUGAACUCAAAGGCCAGCCAGGAUGCUGUCUGCGCGUAGAACGAGUCAAUCCAUUUCCGGCCAAAAAACAAGACACAUUUGCCUUUGCCAACGUCGUUACCCUUGGUGUGAAAAAAACUGGUUUCUGGUCGAUAAGAUGAUAACUCGGAGUCGGAUGACGGUGUGAGAAGGAGCAAGCUUUCUUGGGGAAUGGCGAAUCAUGACGUCGGUU